GUAUAUCCAAACAUUGACACAUUGGAUCAAUUGAUUGGAAGGGACUUGUACUUCCUACCAUUCAACACAUCAACAAUAUCCGGUGAUGACCUCUCUACUGCCAUGGAGAAAGAGUCCCUACUCAAUGAAGACAGGCUCAGAUUCAUUCAAAGAUGUAUGCCAUGUUUCAGAGAGUUAUGUAAAGAAAAUAUAUAUGCAUGUGAUGAGAACAAUACAAUACCAUUGGACUUUGUAUCACUCAAGAGCUUUGUGUUUAAACAGGAUGAUGGCUUUGAGAGGAUGAUCUUUGAUCGACCUCAGUUCGUCUUUGACUGUAUUGGUGUGGUACUCUAUCAGAUAUUGUAUCAGAACACAGCAAUGUCAUUGGCAACAAAGAAGAAAGUCAAUGUGCGCAUUUUCAACUACCCUUCAUGUUACAUUCGAACACUCAAAUCCAACCUCAUUGGCAAGCUGGUGGCGAUCAAGGGCACUGUCAUUCGUGUGGGCAAUGUUCGUCCAUUCGUCAAGUCAAUGUCAUACAAGUGUCCAUUGUGCUCGACUGUUCAGCUCAAGUACUUCAACGAGGGACGCACGAGCAUGCCCACAUCAUGCGUUGGGUAUGACUGUCCGAGCAAGUCGUUCGAGCCAUUGCGGUCGACCGCUGUGACGGUAGACUGGCAGAAGAUCAGACUUCAAGAGGAUGCAGAUCAGAAGGAUCAGAAGAGUGGCAUCCCAAAGAACAUUGAAUGCGAGCUCACCGAAGACUUGGUCGAGACCGUCGUACCAGGUGACAUUGUGACAGUUUGUGGAAUCAUCAAGGUGCUCAAGCAAGAGGAAGGUGGCAACAGCAGCAGCAACAAGGCAAUAUACUUUAUGUACCUGGAUGCCAACUCGAUUGACUCAAACAAACAGGUGGAUUCUGCUGGCAAAGCUGAUAUCACCAACUUCUCAAUCAAAGACAUGUAUGGAAUCAAGUCGAUUGCAGAACAACCAAACCUGUUCAAACUGAUCGUCAACUCAAUAUGCCCGUCAAUCUAUGGACAGGAGAUGGUCAAGGCAGGUCUGUCACUGGCGCUCUUUGGUGGCAAUCCACGGAACCUACAGGAUAAGAAUCGUUUGCCAAUAAGAGGCGACCCUCAUGUAUUGAUCGUUGGUGAUCCUGGUCUCGGCAAGAGUCAGAUGCUAAAGGCCUUCCAAACCAUCUCACCUCGAGGUGUAUACGUCAGUGGAGGAUACACAACGACAACAGGACUGACAGUGUCACUGCACAGAGAGAGUGGAUCAGGUGACUUUGCACUUGAGGCAGGAGCAUUGGUGCUUGGUGAUCAAGGAUGCUGUUGCAUUGACGAGUUUGACAAGAUGAAGAAAGAGCAUCCAGCCCUCCUAGAAGCCAUGGAGCAACAGUCCGUCAGUAUUGCCAAGGCUGGAAUCGUCUGCAACCUACCAGCCAGGACAUCAGUCAUUGCUGCAGCCAAUCCUGUUGGUGGUCAUUACAAUCGUGCCAAGACUGUGUCAGAGAACAUCAAGAUGAGCUCACCUUUGCUGUCUCGUUUCGACCUCAUCUUUGUGCUCCUGGACAAGCCCAAUGAGGGCAUGGACAGGAUCAUCUCUCAUCAUAUUUUGGAUGUAAUACUUCAUAGGCUGAUACUGCAGUCUGGUGAAGAGUUUGACGCGAUAGCACCGCUGAUCCUACGCAAGUACAUCUCUUAUGCAAAGAAGUACGUGUUCCCAGUGCUUUCCGAGGACGCAAUCAAGGUCAUACAGGAGUUUUACUUGGAUCUACGUGAUCGUUCAACCAAGCAGGACAGCGCCCCAGUCACAACGAGACAACUUGAAUCAUUGAUCAGACUAUCAGAGGCUCGCGCCAAGCUGGAGCUGCGAGAGGAGGUCACCAAGGAUGACGCGUUGGACGUGGUGGAAAUCAUGAAGGAGUCGAUCAUGGAGGUGUUUGAGGAUGAGUAUGGCAAGGUGGACUUUAGGCGAACGUCUCGUAUGGGCAAGUCAUCAAUGGUGAAGAAGGUCUCAGCACUCUUGAGCAAGGAGUGCAACAAGACUGGUGUGGACGAGUACACUGAUAAUCAGAUCUACAAGUUGAUGAAGGAUAACAAAAUGCCACUGGAGAACUUUACAGAGAUACUAGAGACACUCAAUCAUCAAGGAUUCGUCUUGAAGAAAGGUGGCAAAUACAAGGUACAAUCU